AUGUAUAAAGAGAACAUCGCAGAAAGAAGUAUGCCUCAUCUGUCAGUGCUUCGUUUUAUGGCCGUGUAUCUCAUGCUGUUUGGAUACCUUGGGGAUGCUUAUGCCGGGGCGGUUUUACUGAACUCCAAUGCCAUCAAGAACUUGCCUGGUGGCACCGACACGGUUAGCCCGAGCCCACGUCCGUCUUCACCAGAUAGCGACCGGCAGAAAGCAGUCGUGGACACGUUGCAGGUACCUAUUUGCACAUAUGAUGAUGAGUGUGGGACCGAUGAAUUCUGCAAUGGUAUCCGAGGCGCGUGCCUCCCAUGCCGAAAGAUCCGGAAGCGGUGCGCAAGGGAUUCAAUAUGCUGCGCUGGGAACCGCUGCAUCAACGGUGUUUGUCAGGCCAGUGAUCAAGAUGCUGAAGCUGUAGUCACUACUAGUGUUGGGAAUAGGCAGAACAACACCAUGGAACACCAUGGCAAGAGACUGCCUCUGCCCCAAGGUCAACCACAACAUUCUGUCAAAGGUCAGGAAAGUGACAACUGCCUGAGGUCCUCUGACUGCUCUGAGGGUCUGUGCUGUGCACGCCACUUCUGGUCUCGUAUCUGUAAGCCGGUGCUGACGAAGGGCCAGGUGUGCACACGUCACCGUAGGAAAGGUGGCCAUGGCCUGGAGCUGUUCCAGCGCUGCGACUGUGGAAGUGGUCUCUCCUGCAGACCGGCGAGAGGAGAGAAAGACCCUGGAGUCAGCAGAACCGCAGACCGGAACCUACACACCUGCCGGAGACGCUGACACACACACAUCCUGGACAUACACACUGCCU